AUGGGUCUUGGCGUCCUCGAAGACAAUAAACUCACCCACGUCCCGGGCACCGUCAUUCUCGACGAUGGUGUGCUGCCAGAUGUGCUUGAAGCCACUGGGGGUUUGAAGCACGCCAAAGGAACCAAGGGCGAGCAUAUCGUGCUCAACCCGCAGCCAACUAACGACCCCAACGAUCCUCUGAAUUGGCCUCUUUGGAAACGGGAUGGUAUCUUUCUCAUCCAUGCCUAUGGUUUUGUCUGCACGGCCGCUGUCCCCUCUGCUCUCCUGGCCGCUGCUACUGUGGUGCUGGCUGAAACCUUCGACACCUCCAUCACCAAGAUCACUCAAUUGACCGGAUUCCUGCUCCUCGCUGUCGGAUCAUUUGGUCUCUUCGUCUCCGUGCUCUCCCGUCUGUACGGGAAGCGGCCACAAUUCGUUUUCGCGUCUUUCAUGUGCCUGCUUGGUACUAUCAUUGGCAGCGUGGCACAGGACUACAACACAUUGCUAGCUGGGCGCAUGAUUCAGGGGCUCGGUGCCUGUGCUUAUGAGAGUUUACUCGUGGCCAUCGUCGGUGAUCUGUACUUUGUCCAUGAGAGAGGUCUUCGCAUCGCCUUCUUCAACUUCUGCUUUGCCAGCUUGAAUGCUAUUGGAACCUUAAUUGCGGGCCCGAUUACCACCAAGUACGGUUGGAGGUACAUGUUCUACAUCUACAUUCCUUUCAUCGCUCUCCAAUUCAUCUUGGUCGUGUUUUGCGCCACGGAAACAACAUUCAUCAGGUCGCAGGCAUAUGAGACUGAUAUGAUCGCCGAUGUCAAUUACGAUGGACUGCAGAAGCAAGAACAGCAUGAGGGCAAGGCCACGAGCGAUGCUCAGCUGGAAGAAGCCACUAACUAUGCAGAACCAGUCCCCGUUCCGGCAAAGAAGACUUAUUGGCAAUUCAUCGCCUUCUAUCAUGGCCGCUAUUCUCACGACAACCCACUCAAGCUGUUCCUUCGCCCCUUCGCCAUCUGCCUUAACCCAGCAAUUAUUUGGAUCAAUCUCAUUGGCUCACUACCCAUUGCCUCAGUUGCAUGCAGCAAUUUCACAACAGCACAGAUGUACGCAGUGCCACCAUACAAUCUCAACCCCACUGAGAUCGCCUACAUGUUUAUCGGUCCAUUAGUGGGCCCGUUGAUCGUUACCGGCAUCUUCUUUUUCUUCAGUGACCCCCUGGCACUCUACCUGGCCCGCAGGAACAAGGGUGUUUUUGAGCCAGAAUUCCGUCUUCCAAUGGCAUUGAUAAUUGGCGGUGUCCUUAUGACCAUCGGCAUCUUCGGAUGGGGCAACCUGUACGAAGCAGGAAAGGAACCACCCGUAGUGGGUGCUAUCAUCCUAGGCUUUUACGCCGCUGGCAUGUCGGCCCUGAACAUCGCAAGCGGCACCUACACGGUCGACGCGUACAGAGAUCUCUCAGUCGAGCUUGUCAUCAUCGUGAUGAUUGUGAAGAACUUCCUCUUCUAUGGAGUCUCAUACUUCUUCAACGACGCCGUAGCGGCCAGAGGUCCGGCUUUCGUCUUCAACAUUGUCGGUGCCAUCGUUCUCUUCGGAGUGGUCAUCCUCGGCAUUCCCGUCUACAUGUACGGCAAGCGCAUGCGUGGAUGGUGGUUCCGUGCCCAGCUUCUCAAGAAGAUGCACUUGGAGUAG